CCACUGCUCUUUCUUUACUGAACUGCUAACCACAUUUAUUUCCAUUGCUCUCUGCCAACUCAUACAAAUGGGGGGAGGGAAAAAGAGGCACAUGAGGUAAAGGAAACUGAACAUGCCUCGCAGCCCAACAUCAAGUGAAGAUGAGAUGGCACAGAGCUUUUCAGAUUAUUCUGUUGAAUCUGAAUCAGACAGCUCCAAAGAAGAAACUAUAUAUGAUACUAUCAGGGCUACUGCAGAGAAACCAAGCAGCAGAAUGGAAGACAGUAGGAGCAACACAUUAGUGAUACGAGUUGUAAUACCUGACUUGCAACAGACGAAAUGCAUUAGAUUUAAUCCUGAAGCUUCGGUGUGGGUAGCAAAACAACGAAUUUUAUGCACUUUGAAUCAGAGUUUGAAAGAUGUCCUGAAUUAUGGGCUGUUUCAACCUGCCAGCAAUGGGAGAGAUGGGAAAUUUUUGGAUGAGGAACGACUGCUUAGGGAGUAUCCACAACCAGUGAAUAAAGGUGUUCCCUCUUUAGAGUUUCGAUACAAGAAGAGAGUGUACAAACAAUUAAAUCAUGAUGAAAAACAGCUGGCAAAACUUCAUACAAAGACUAAUUUGAGAAAAUUUAUGGAUCAUGUUCACCAUCUCUCUGUGGAAAAAAUCACAAAGAUGUUGGACCGGGGACUGGAUCCCAACUAUCAUGACAUAGAGAGUGGAGAAACUCCACUAACUUUGGCAGCUCAACAUGAUAAUACUGUAGAAGUAAUCAAAGCUCUGAAAAAUGGAGGAGCACAUUUAGAUUUCAGAGCCAAAGAUGGGAUGACAGCACUGCACAAAGCAGCUAGAGCCAAGAACCAAGUAACCCUUAAGACUCUUUUAGAGCUUGGAGCAUCUCCUAACUACAAGGACAGCUGUGGAUUGACACCACUAUACCACACAGCUAUAGUAGGAGGGGAUCCUUAUUGUUGUGAACUUUUACUUCAUGAACAUGCUACAGUCAGCUGCAAAGAUGAAAAUGGGUGGCAAGAGAUUCAUCAGGCUUGCCGAUAUGGACAUGUCCAACAUUUAGAACACUUCCUAUUUUAUGGAGCAGAUAUGGGAGCACAGAAUGCCUCAGGAAAUACAGCAUUGCAUAUUUGUGCCCUUUAUAACCAGGACAGCUGUGCAAGAGUUCUAUUGUUCCGAGGAGCCAACAAGGAGUUAAAGAAUUAUAACAGCCAAUCUCCAUUUCAGGUAGCCAUAAUAGCAGGAAAUUUUGAGCUGGCUGAAUAUAUAAAAAAUCACAAGGAAACAGAUAUUGUGCCAUUUAGAGAGGCCCCUACCUAUUCGAACAGGAGGCGGAGGCCCCAAAGCACCUUGGCAGCACCUCGUGUCUUGCUUCGUUCCAACAGCGAUAACAAUCUGAACAUCAACAACAUUCCUGACUGGUCAGCUUCAUCUUCUGCUUCUUCACACCGCAGCCUUUCACCUCACCUGCUUCAACAGAUGCAGAAUAAUCCUAAUGGAACUGUAAAAACUGUUGGGAGUUAUACUCCAUCCUCUCGGAGUCGGUCUCCAUCACUAAACAGGCUAGGAGAGGAUGCAAAAAGACAGCAACAUAGGCACAUCAGUGCCGGUUACAAUCCCAGUGCCAACAAGGAUGCUAUUGCUGCCUCGGAUUAUCAGGGUCCAAAACGCAAACUUUACAGUGCUGUACCUGGAAGACUUUUUAUUGUCGUAAAGCCAUAUCAACCUCAAGGAGAAGGAGAGAUUCAUCUGCACAAAGGGGACAGGGUAAAAGUUUUAAGCAUUGGUGAAGGUGGAUUCUGGGAAGGAAGCACCCGAGGACUUGUUGGAUGGUUUCCGGCAGACUGUGUUGAAGAAGUGCAAUGUAAACCAAAUGAAAUCAAACCAGAAACUCGAACGGAUAGAACAAAAAAAUUAUUUAGGCACUACACAGUUGGAUCAUAUGACAGCUUUGAUGCUCUAAGUGACUGCAUUAUAGAAGAAAAGGCAGUGGUCCUGCAGAAAAAAGACAAUGAAGGAUUUGGAUUUGUGCUCAGAGGGGCAAAAGCUGAUACACCUAUUGAAGAAUUCACCCCAACUCCAGCCUUUCCUGCUUUGCAGUACCUGGAAUCUGUAGACGAAGGGGGAGUAGCAUGGCAAGCUGGCUUGAGAACUGGAGACUUCCUGAUUGAGUGUGACUCUUCCACAAAGUGCCAAAAUCAGUACGCACCAAAAUGGAUUACUCGCUAUAUCUACUGGACAUCACUAAUCAUACUGGGUAAAAUUAACAUAAGUUACACUCCCUGAGAAAGUGGGCAUCUGGUACAAAAAAGCCUCUCAAAGCAAAUCACAGGAAUCAAUGUUUGAGAGAAAACAACCCUGAGUAUGUGUCUCCCUACUUACUCUGUUGCUCAGUCAUCUAUAGUGACAUGAAUAGUGGACAGGAAGGUAGCAGCUUUACAGACCCUGGAAGUGGCAGUAUGAGUCCUUUUAGCAUAAGCAUAAUGUAUUGGGAGAGCUUCACUUUGGGGUGGUCUGGUUUUUUGGUUAAUAGGAUAUAGUCCUAUCCUCUCCUCUUAUUGUAAUGAGUUUGGAGGUCUGGUUAUCAAGUGGGAAUAAACACAUUGAAAUCCAUUAUUUGAGAUAGUUGACUGAAAAAUAAACUUCAAAAUAAUGAAGUUAAUUUAACCUUACUGAUGAUUCAUUAUCUAUAGGGGACUGUAAAUAGUUUUUAAGAAACAUUCUGUGAAAUACAUAUUUCUAUGAAAAUCUGGUUUUGUAGGGCCUCCUAAA